UUAACCUCUGAGCCAUCUCUCCAGCCCUGUAAAUUAGAUUUUUCAAGAGACUUUGGCAAUUAAAGGAAUUAUGCCAUAGGCCUUGGGUAAAGAAAAAAAAAAAAGGUAAAAGGGUAAAAGGUGUUGGUAACAGCCUGCAGUGUCCUCUGUCCUGGAUGGUGUAGGAGCCUCCAAAAGUGAGAAACAGCCACAGCCGCGCAUGCUCGCUCACUCAGUCAUCCCCCCCCCCUCCAGCUAGCAUGUGUCCCUGACUCCACCAGCGCUGUACAAAGUGUGCACCGGGUCAUGGCCACUCUCAGGAGCCAGCACCGUAGGAGGGGGCAGAGCAGAGUACCUCCCUUCUGUGCCAGACUCCAAUUUUCCUGUUUAUCUGAGGGGCAGAGCUGUGGUUGGUGACAGCGCGGCCGGUGACAUCAUGACAAGUGAGGUGAUUGAAGAUGAGAAACAGUUUUAUUCGAAGGCCAAGUCCUACUGGAAACAGAUCCCGCCCACGGUGGACGGCAUGCUUGGGGGGAAGGAGCCGAACAAAACGGGGGACUUCCUGUGCCCUGGACUGUGGCGCUGGCAUUGGAAGGAUCACCAAGCGCCUGCUCCUGCCGCUCUUCAAGGUGGUGGACAUGGUGGAUGUGACUGAGGACUUUCUGGCCAAAGCCAAGACCUACCUGGGGGAAGAGGGCAAGAGGGUGAGGAACUACUUCUGCUGUGGGCUGCAGGACUUCAGCCCAGAGCCCAGCUCCUAUGAUGUGAUCUGGAUCCAGUGGGUGAUAGGUCACCUGACGGAUGAGCACCUGGCUGAGUUUCUGCGCCGCUGUAAGCAGGGCCUGCGUCCCAAUGGCAUCAUUGUCAUCAAGGACAACAUGGCCCAGGAGGGUGUGAUCCUGGAUGAUGUGGACAGCAGUGUAUGCCGCGACCUCGAGGUGGUGCAUCGGAUCAUCCGCAGUGCUGGCCUCAGCCUCCUGGCGGAGGAGCGCCAGGAGAACCUGCCAGAUGAGAUCUACCAUGUCUACAGCUUUGCCCUGAGAUGAGGCCAGGGCCAGCGCUAGGGGCACGCAGCUGGCAGGCCACUAGACACACUUGCCAUCCACCUUUGACUCCAGUGGGAGGGACAAGCCCUGGACUGUGCUGUGUAUUGGGGCAGUACUGUCCUGUUACUCCAAGGCACCCUGGCAGCUCCCACAAGGAUAUGGGAAGCUAAGCUGCCACCAUAGGACUGGCUGCCAGAGACCUGAAGUGUGCAUGGCUGUUCCAGGACAGCCAGGAGAGCUGCACAUGGUACCUGAGGUGGUACCACUUACAGGAGCGGUCAGACCCACAUCCUCUGGUGAUGGCUCGCAGCAUCCUGCAGUAGGGGGGCUUCCUCUUCUUGAGCCCCUCCCUGAUGGGCACUUUGCAGUCAAUAAAAGGG